CCUCUAACGGGGCUGAGCAUCGUCUUUCCUUUGUCUCUGCCCAAUUCUACAACGCAUCGAACACUUUACAUUAUUCCACCUUAUCUUUUCAUCAGCACUAACUUCCAUAACUUCUACAGCCUGUCAGAACAAUCUCACCCGCCGGUCGGCCACGUUAGUUCGAUAACGGAACACCGAAAAACGUUGCUCAGGAGUUUCGAUUCGACUAAACCUUCAAAAGUCCCGACUUACUCCUGUUUCCGCUCCCGUCGCAACCGCUCGCACUGCCUCAAACGCCCGCUGAAUCCCGCUCAUGACAAUCACAGGCCACGCAAACCACGAAUCCGCGCACGAUAUAACUAUUCAUUCAGUACUAUCAUCGAAAAGAAUACGUAGCAAAUUUGUUACUGGUGGGAGGACAGGGUAGUUUAAAGAUCAAACGACGAACAAUAAAUCGGUCGCCGAAUCUUGCUCUAUAUUCCACUUCUCUCUACGAAUGAUCGAGUCGGAGUCGGCGCGAUGAAUUUAACAUGUAAUUCAACGUUGGAGGAAAUGAAGAUCGGGUCGGAGGAGAAGAUCGUGGGACCCUUAACUUUCCAUCAGCUCGCCCUCAUCAUAGCUGGCGCGAGUACUAUAAUCGCAUAUAUUAUGAGCUUCUAUUUGAUGUGGCGACAUGCUAUAAACUACACGAAACCUCUCGAACAGAGACAUAUCAUUCGCAUCUUGUUCAUGGUCCCCGUAUAUGCCACCUCGUCUUUCCUAUGUAUAUGGUAUUACUGGCAUGCCGUUUACUUCCAGGUUCUCAGCGAUUGCUACGAGGCUUUUGCUAUCGCUUCUUUCUUCGCCCUACUAUGCCAUUACGUAGCACCGGAUUUGCACGAGCAGAAGGAUUUUUUUCGACACAUGCGCCCGAUAAAAGCGUGGGUAUGGCCAGUGAACUGGUUUGCCAAAGCUUGUGGCGGGGAGAGGGGACCUUGGAGAACUCCUCAAAGCGGCUUGACGUGGUUCAAUAUUAUUUGGAUUGGUAUCUACCACUAUUGUUUUAUCAGAGUUGCUAUGACUAUUACUGCAGUCGUGACACAGUAUUUUGAAAAGUACUGCGAGAGCUCCAACAGCCCGGUCUUCGCGCACAUCUGGGUCAUUGCGAUCGAAUGUAUAGCAGUCACUAUUGCUAUGUACUGCGUCAUCCAGUUCUACAUCCAGUUAAAGGAACCACUGGCCGAGCAUAAACCGUUCCUCAAGGUCUUGGCUAUCAAACUAGUCAUCUUCCUAUCCUUCUGGCAAACCAUUGCUAUAUCCCUCGGAACGUCCACCCUUCACAUCGUGAGCGCGAAUGCGGUCCUCGCCUAUCCGGAUUUGAAAGUUGGCAUACCUAGUUUGAUGCUUUGCGUUGAGAUGGCACUUUUCUCGGUUCUGCAUCUCUGGGCAUUUCCUUACGCACCGUACGUCGAAAAUGCUAAGACGAGCUUCUACCCCGUUCCCGAUCCAUCGAUGGGGAUACCGCCUCGCGAGAACGAGCAUGGUCGUAAGAUGGGCGGUUUUAUGGGGUUGAAAGCCUUUGGUCAUGCUCUCAAUUUAUGGGAUGUUAUCAAGGCCUUUGGUCGUGGUAUGCGAUGGUUAUUUGUAGGGGUUAAGAGCCGUAAACAAGAUCCUAGCUACCAGACCAAGUCCGAAGAUAUCGAUACCAGCUACCCUAUGAAACCAUACGCAGCCGGCCCCGGCAACAAAGGUACGGAGCACCUACCGAUCGCCAACGAAUUCCGCAGAAGUGCAUUUGGUCUUCCGCAGGCGCCCGGCGAUCCUGUCCCCGAGGAGAGUGCCGGGUUGAUUACGAAUGCGCAACCGAACCCUGCAAGCCCACCAAGGCAGCAACCCAAUCCGUACACGGACCCAAGACAACCUCAGUUAUACGAUCCUAGUCCGCGAGAAACCUAUGCGCCAUAUGACGACGAUCGGGGGGAUCUUGGGGCCGCCGGACGUGCGCGGUACGAGUAUGACCCCAACGAAGCCUACAGCUAUCAAGGCGGGAGCACGGCGGGUUGGAGCGAGCCUCAAAAUGCACCCAGGCCCGGCAAGAGAACUUCAACACAAGUUCAUGUUGGCAAUGCGCUAUGGGGAGACCGUAAUAUGCGUGGUAACGCAAUGUAAUGCGGCCUUUCACUAAUGGCAAAGAUAAGAAGAUCUCGUUCUUUAUUUACUAUCUUGGUACGGUGCAUAUUUGGGUGGUAGGGUCAGCCUUGAAAUUUGGCGUUCUAGGAUCAUUUGAAAGGAGUCUACUGAGGCAUGGCGUUCUAGCUGGUCCGCUACGAAUACCAGGCGGGACUUGAUGAUAUGAUUCGCCUUUGUUUUAUUGAUUGGGUGAAUCAUUGCAUUUUGGGCGCCAUUUGGCUUAUGAUAGGAAAGUAGCUGUUCUGGAUGGCAGCUGCGAGGCAUAUAGAUAGAUACCUUUGUGUUUGUUGUAUAAUGAAAUGAUACGCAAUAUUCUGCC